CAUUCUUGAUCAACUAAAAUGCAUGUGUCUACUCAGCUGUCACCACAACCAUCUGACUCGCCACAAGAAUCUGACCACGACAACAGAAGUUCUCUGUCACAACAACAAGAAACAGAUGAAAGCACAACAAAAACGAGCAAAAUUGAACAUGAAGGUAGAUUUGGAUUUUCAUUGUGCUUUGACAAUGUCAACCAAAAAACCACAGUUAGACACCAGACACGAGAUAAAAGAAACAAGAUAUUUAACAUGGUCCAAGCGUAUGCAGCGCGUGACAGGAUACCAACAACACAUUUAUCAGAUGCCUGGCCAACACCACAGGACAUUCUCAAAAUUCCCCUUGAAAGGUAUCUCCCUUCGGAAAUGGACGAGGUUGAUCUCCGGUUUGAAAUGACGAUUGUUGUGAUCAGGGUACUAUGCGACCAUAUCCCGGCUUUUAAGCGCUUGUCAGAGGACAUCAACUGGCACAUGCAACACAGAUACUCGAAAGAGUCAUCUUCGAAAAGCAAUCUUGUGCCUCUUGGUGUACUUGACAAAGAUGAAAGUCAGGUGUCUGAUACCAUAGACAUCAUGGAUGAAUACCAUAAAUAUGUUCCUGUGACACCAAAUGGAGAUCCGAUGACAGUUAUCCUGCAUGCAGAUGGACUAAGUGUCGAAAGGGGAAAUAAUGCACAGUGUGCGCGUAUCAACGCAAAUUCUCAGUGGCAACAGUUGCAGGGAUUGACCAUGAAUAUUCAAGAAUGGCACAAAAGAUGUCUCUUACUUCAAGAUAUUUAUGAUGAGCUCUAUUCCGGAUCCAGUGGAAGAGAAAAGGGGACACUCUAUCAGCUCAAAAACUACUUCAACCACAGGGGUGUUACCACAAACAUCAAGGAGUCAUUCAACCACAGCGAAGAAUUCCUGGACUUCUGCACCAAUGGUUAUUUGGUUUUGGCAGCCAUGCAUUUCAUGUCUACAUCAGAUAUUGAAGAAAAACCACAGGAUUUCCCAUCAAAGACAGAAGAAGAGGUCCAUUUCCUCAACAAAAUAGCUGGGAAAAUUGUUGACAUGGUUUUCUUGUCCAGCCAGCCAACAGUAAAGAAAAUUGUCUUCUCAAAUGGGGAAGACAGUGAUGAAUGUCCUUCAGAGUACUGUGUAUGCCGGACAGAAAAACCAGGCCUUACAAUGGUUUUUUGUGACAAUAAGGCCUGUCCGAAUGGUAUUUGGUUUCACCUUGAAUGUCUGGACAUGGAAGAGACAGAUGUACCAGAAGGGAAAUGGUGGUGUACCGACGAGUGUAGGAACUCUAAACCAAGUUCAAAAAAAAGAAGAAAAACCGUGGCUGGUAGUUUACAGGACAACAAAAGGAACUACGCAAUAAAAGUCCUGUGGCAUGGAUUGAAUCAAAAAAUUAAAAGAGAUGCUAUUCGCGAAAAUGAUGGGAGCAGAAUCAUCCGCCACUGGAAAUUCGACUUGUUAGGCUUCUACGAGAAUCAUCACCCGAAAUACUUCUUGGUUUGCCAUCAACUUCUUUCUGCUUUUAAUGGAGCAGUUUCACCACGCCUACAGCAGACACUAAUUUGGAACAGAACGGUGAAUCCAAAUGGAGGACUGGGGAAGAAUAUGGAAAUGGACUUACAAAUGGAGCAUUACAACAAGCAAUAUAAAGAGAGUGUCAAAGAUGCAGCUGGCCAAUUGACACAAGAUACAAUUGCCAGACACAGCCAAAUGGUAGGUAUUGGAAAAUUGAUACGACAAGUAUAUGAAAAGCAGGUCUCUGGAGGUCGCAAAAGUGGUGUCCAAUCCAAGAGUGAUAUACACAGGGACAGUGACAUCAAAGAGUUUGUAGUGAUGAUGAAAGAUGAGAAGGUCUUUUCAACUCUUCCUGGAAGAAAUCACCCAAGUUUCCCAGAUAUAACAUUAAACUUGUACCCCAAAACACAACCAAAACCUUUCAAAGCCAGAUUGGUGAGAUUGCGCAAAGAAAUGUCAAUGAAAAGGGACAUAACUCUUCAAAUGCAAAGGAACUAAAUAAACUGUGAACAAUCUGGUCUGGCAUUGCAUUUAUUGGAAUUAAACACUAAAUAAGUUAUGUGAAGUGGAAGUUAUAUAACCCUUUACCAAACAAUUACGAGAUUUAAUGGUUUUCUUGUAGAAAUCAUUUUGUGAUAAGGAGAAAUAGCUCAAGAUGAGCAAUUUCUUCUUGUCCCAAAAUAUUGUUACCCUACCAAAGAAGUAUUUUCAUAUUAUGUUGCACUUAAUAUGUCCUAUGCAACCUCUUUCACGUUGGGACAGUCCAAAAAGUGUUGUUUUGUAAAGAGUUUAGGGAAUUUAGAAAUGCUCAGAAAAAGAAUUAGAAUCUAGUAUAGAAAGCAAUUCAUUGAAAGCAUUCCUUGAAUAUGGAUUAUGGAAGCAUGUUAAAUUUGUUGAUUGGCAAAGUGACAUACUCUUUACCAAAAAUCAAAUUUUGGACAAUCACCAAUUGAAGAAGGUUGCAGACUACAAUUAUUAAAAUUCAAGUUGAUAUCAUAAGAAGAAAUUGCUUAGGAAGGGUAUAUAUCAUGGCUGGCUAUGUAGAAAUUGCUCUACUUGAGCAAUUUUUCCUGUUCCGAAAAUAAAUAUAGAGUGGUAAAUUCUCUUUGGUCAUGGAGGUAUGAAAUAUGACGUAUUUCAUUGAUUGAAGUUAAAACCACCUGUCAAAAAAAAUAGUUUUGCUUAUCAUGAGCAAAUUCAACGUUUGGCAAAUGUUUUCAGAGGUGACAGAUGUCGCUU